GAAAUGUAUGUAAUCAGUUCCUUUUCUAGAGAACGCCUCAACUUAAAUUUAACAAGCAGUUUGUGUGCCCUUACCUGCACAAUAAUUGUAAUUUAAAAUGUCGUUUGUUUUGUUUUAUGUUUAGGUCUAGGUUGCAUUCCGGCAUUGUUGUCGCGCACGUAAAGUGACUGCACAGAGUACACACACAUAACUUAAUUAUUAUUCUAAAGGUGUUUCAUUUAAAAUUCAUCAACUCUGGAUUGAAGUUUAUACCUCUCCCUAAUAUACCUGUUUUCAUCUUGAAGCUUACCUGCUUUUCGGGUGGGACUGAUUGUUCCAUUUGUUUGAUUGAAUUUAAAUGUGUCAUAUCACGAAGCUAAAAUGAUUUUAAAUAUUUUAUUCGUUCUUUGUUGUGUUCUUCUGAUGGAAAUUUCCAUCACACAAAGUGCUCGUGUUAAACGUAUUGUUGGUGGCAAGGAGGCAGCUAAGCCUCCACCAGAUGAUCCAGUUGUUUUUACUAGAAUUUAUAAUAGACAUGCACGCGUAGAAGGUUUCCGCAAUCCAAGAACUGGAGUUUAUACAUUCUUAGGGUUAAGAUUCGCUGAUCCACCAGUGGGUCCAAACCGAUUUAGUCGACCAAGGUAUAGAAGACUCGAAGGAGAUAUUAAUGCUACAAGACAUGGACCAGCAUGUCCACAACCACACUAUACGAUACAAAAUUAUGUGAUUGGAAGUGAAGAUUGUCUCCUGCUCAAUAUAUACACGCCACAGAUGCCUGAUGAAACUACAGGCCUUCCGGUGUUUGUGUGGAUUCACCCAGGAGCAUUUCGUUAUGGCUCUGCAGCUCAAUAUGAUGCCGAGCCCUUGGCCCAAGGUGGGGUAAUAGUGGUUCCAAUUCAAUAUAGACUGGGGACAUUGGGAAUCAUUGGUGAUGGAAGUAAGGAGUUCAAUGGAAAUCUUGCAAUGUUUGAUAUGGCGACAGCCUUAAGAUGGAUAACGGAACAUAUCUCAUUUUUUGGAGGAGAUCCCAAGCAGAUCAAACUUAUUGGGCACGGAUCGGGUGCAGCAAGCGCUAUGUUCUUAUCGAUGUCGCCUCGUAGUGGCUCGGUAACAGGAGUUGUAGCCAUGUCUGGAUCUGCUUUAUCACAAUAUGCUAAAGAUGACGCACCCGUUCAAUCACUUGAAGAGAUUGCUCAAAUAAAUAAAUGUCCAAAAUCUAAUGAAACCGAGAUUGUUUCCUGUCUUAGAAAGAGAAGUGUAAAGGACAUCGUCAUAAAGGAUUCUCAAGUGCAAACCGAGCGGCUUCAAGGGCGAGCGAUGAUAAAAAAAUUAUCUGGUUGUGUUGGAUUUAACCCUCAUGUAGAGCAACCAGACGAUGGAAGAGGUCUUCCCGGAAUCAUCACAGACCAGCCGGAAAACUCAAUUUCAAAAGGAAAUUUCUCAAAUAUACCACUUCUGAUCGGCGUUGCUAAACAAGAAACUGCCUACGCUAUUAAUUUGAAUCCCACCAACGAUGUACGAAAGUCAGCAGAGAAUUUAUUAAAUUCCCUUGGCGACUCGUUGGGAAGUUUGAAACCGUUUCUUCGUGUUGACGAACUAACUGGUUCCAUUAUAAAACCUAUUCUACCAGGUGCUGAAGCUCUCAACUUGGGUCUAACUGAUUUACUGAAAGUUCCUGCAUCCCUUGAUCCACUUCAGGUGAUCUCCAAGGUUACCGAGUUGACAACCGAUGCUCUCUUCAAUUUACCUGCCGUUUUAACUGCUCAAGUAUGGGGAAAAACAGCGUCGGCUUUUCUUUAUAGUUUUGAGUAUGCAGGCUCUACGGCAAAAGGCAUCAAUUUUCUACGUGGCCUUCCAAUUGUUGCUUCAGAAGCUGAAACUCCGUCUAUUGGACACGGUGAUGAAUUGGGCUACAUGUUCAAUGCAAAUGAUAUCGAAGGAAAUCCCCUACCAAAUACCCGCCUAACUAAACCUGAAGAUAUUCAAGUUCGAAAAAAUUUCAUAUCUCUUUUGACUAAAUUCGCUCAGCCACAAAACUCUGAUAAAUCUUCGGUGUUUCAAAGUGUCUCUGGCGGUCGCGAUGGUACGCCUUUUAUAAAAAUCGAUACCAAGCUGAAUGUCGUCCCAGAUUUCCGGGUUUGUGAACUACUGUUGUGGGGCGCUCCAUUGAAACCAUUACAAUCGACAACGUGCCAAGGUUUUGCAAAAACUAUAGGUUCAGUGACAAAAAUCUUGAGUAAUGUUACUACAGGAUUAACCGAUACCUUAAAUAUAGGUGGUGGCGGUCGCGGUGGUGGACUUCUUAAUGUAGGUGGUUUACUUGGAUAACACGGUGUUACAAUAAUGCGGUUUUAAAAUAUACGCGGGCGGAGACCUAUCAGGUUUUGUAGAGCUAGUCGCACUGAAUACGAAACGGUAUUUGAAAAUCCCCUAACACCCCCAAAAUCUGGAGUUACGGGCAAAAAACGGUUUUUUGGACCUUCACCCAUUGAAAAAAUUCUAGCUUCGACAAUUUUUUACCCAUUUUCGAUUUUUGUAUAGUUUCUGAUAGAAGAUAAAUAUACCUUUUUAACAAUGUAUAAAACAUGUAACUCGGUUAAACCACUUAGAAUUUAUAAGAUGUCAAAGUUCAAAAAUUCAAUUUUUUUUGUCAUUUGCCCAACUUCGGCAUCAAUUUAAAGUAUAUGUUUUCAAAACAACAUGCUUUUUAAAAAAUAUAUUCUAAAACUAUAUCUAUUUCCCAAUUGAUCGAUGUAUUUUUUAUGAAAAUCACUUCAAAAUUGGCUAAGAAAAAAAAAUUUUUCGAUUUCAACCCAGAUACAGAAAUUCGAACUUUUAGGUAUAGAACAAAAAUGUUGUUUCGGCACGUAGAAGGAUAAGUUGGACGCCAGGAUUUGAUGAAGGGUUUUUGUAGAGGAGCUCAAUACAAACAUUUUUUUUCUUUAAGAGGGGGGUCUAUCUCCCCCAUUUUUUCUAAAAAAGAGUCGCAGUCUGGACAAAAAUAGUAUAAAAUGAGUUUAAAAAAAAUUUUUUCCCCUAUUUUUAACUUUGAAAUCGAUUAUUUCAAAAACUAUUGGUAAUAUUAUAUUGAUUUAAAAAUUAGAAUCAAAUGCACAAUUUUGCCUUUUGGAAAUGGUAUCAUUUAUUACUGUAAGUGUUGCCGUUGUUUUUUAAUAAUUUUUUUUAGAAAAAUGUCCCUACCACCUAAACGGGGGGAGAUAGACCCCCCUCUUAAAGAAAAAAAAUGUUUGUAUUGAGCUCCUCUACAAAAACCCUUCAUCAAAUCCUGGCGUCCAACUUAUCCUUCUACGUGCCGAAACAACAUUUUUGUUCUAUACCUAAAAGUUCGAAUUUCUGUAUCUGGGUUGAAAUCGAAAAAUUUUUUUUUCUAAGCCAAUUUUGAAGUGAUUUUCAUAAAAAAUACAUCGAUCAAUUGGGAAAUAGAUAUAGUUUUAGAAUAUAUUUUUUAAAUAGCAUGUUGUUUUGAAAACAUAUACUUUAAAUUGAUGCCGAAGUUGGGCAAAUGACAAAAAAAAUUGAAUUUUUGAACUUUGACAUCUUAUAAAUUCUAAGUGGUUUAACCGAGUUACAUGUUUUAUACAUUGUUAAAAAGGUAUAUUUAUCUUCUAUCAGAAACUAUAAAAAAAUCGAAAAUGGGUAGAAAAUAGUCGAAGCUAGAAUUUUUUCAAUGGGUGAAGGCCCAAAAAACCGUUUUUUGCCCGUAACUCCAGAUUUUGGGGGUGUUAGGGGAUUUUCAAAUACCGUUUCGUAUUCAGUGCGACUAGCUCUACAAAACCUGAUAGGUCUCCGCCCGCGUAUAUUUUGAGUGUUACACCGUGUAAUUAUCUAAAAUAUUUUUUUUUUAUCAAAUCAACUUAAUAAAAAAGCAUUUAUUUUAUCAUGUUUCCUUGUUAAUUGAGAAGCAUAUCCCGAA